AUGAUCUCCGACGACGAUCUCCACCGUCUCGCCGUGUUCCUCGGCUCCUGCGCCAUGAUGAUGAUCGUACUGUACCAUUUCCUCGAGGUCAAUUCUAAAGACGACGCUCUUGAUGCGGGCGCAGAGAAGGGCAAGAAAGUGACGGGGGCUGCUGCGGCGGCUGGGUCGUCGGCUUCGACAGAGGGUGGCGUGGCGAGUGGGAAAUAA